UGUUGUGAUCUUAGCUUUAACAGGAGAAGCCAAGGAGCCAAAGACCCAUUAGAAUAAAAAUGGAGGAUUUGCCCCUCAAACUUUCAAUCAAAGAGGCAUAGAAAACACUAAUUCCGUGGUUUCCUUUCUUUCUGGCUUGAGGUUUGUUCAUUGCUUAAGAUUUUUAAGAAGAGGCAAAAAUGGUCCUCGAGAAAAAGAAAGAUCAUUGGGCAUUUCUGGAAGAAAUCGAAGCACCAACGUGGGUAGAUCUGACCCUAGAAGCAAAGUCUACUUACCAAGAAAUCGAUGAUGGUUGGUUUCACACGACCCAUGUGUUUCACCAGUGUUCUUCUCAAGAGUUAAAAGCUGCAUUUGCUCAUGUUGGUGAGGGUUUUAUGUCCUCAGACAUUUAUAUGAAAGCACCAUCUUCACCAAAGCUUCCAAGCUCAGUGUCAAGGUCCAGGGGCAAGCACUAUGAAAGCAACAAAAGUCAGGAUGAUAAUAAUCUUUCAUUGAAUAAGCAGCAUCCUGUUAAGGUUUUAAGUGGAAAGCCUUCAAGGGCGCAUUCAGGAUCUGGAGAGGAAAUAAAGCCCAAAUUAAGCUUUAUGAAUUCCAAAGGAAUUUCAAGGUCAAAAAGAAGUUUUGUGCUUGGGAAAAAUUUAACUGAAGUGAAAGACAAUAAUUUCAAAGCUGUAUCGAGUUAUGGACAUUCUGAAGGAAGUUCGAGUUCUGCAGCGGAUAAGUCCGGUGAAAGCAAUACAAGUACUGUUACUUCUGAGGGUGAUCAGAAACCACAACGAACAAACCUAGAGGUAUCAAGUCAAGCACUUGGUUACUCAAGUGGACUUUUAUCAGCCAUGAGAAUUAGCCUUAGAAAAAGUUAUACUACUAGACAGGCGUCAAGGGUGGAUUUAAAUAAUAAGAGGCAAUCAAGAGGCCGCAAUUCUGUAUCUAGCAAAUCCAGUGUUGGAUCAUCUUCAAAUUCAAACCAUGGUAAUGGCGUUAAGAGUUCUACAUUUGCAUUGAUACAGCAGUACAGAGAAUGGACCCCAGAUAGCAGAAAUGUGGGAAGGCUGAAUAGAGCAACAAAAAACAAAGUAAAAGAUUCUAUUGUGUCAAAUGCUUCAUAUGUUAAAGUUAAAGAGGGAAUCUGUAAUUCUAGAAAGGGAGGAACAAGUAUUGUUGCAAAGUCAUCCCACCAAGAACUUCCAAAGUCAAAGGUCCAAAAACAGACGCUACAUGCAAAAGGUCUGCUUCCACAUAAGGUUAAUGAACAAGGGUUACUAAGGGGUACUGCAAUGGCUAAGGAGAAGGUUACAGUGGGUGGACCCAACAAAUUGGUGGGUGCUGGAAAUGAGAAUGCAACAGGAAGACAGGCUGUGAGCCAAAAAUACAGUCGUGGAGACAUUGCUACUGGAGUCAUGGUUAGAGGUCAAAAAGGGGCAAAUGAAUAUAUUCCAGAAAAGGGUGAUAAAACAAGAUCAGUUGUUUUAAAGAUUGGAGUGAAGAUGGGGUCCAAACAGAUUGACAAACUGAAUGGCACAGGAAAAUAUCAGCUGUCCAAGGAAAGCUAAACAUCCAAUAAAUGCGACUCAGAGGGUCUACCUUCGAUGAGCAAGCUUUGCUGCAUAAUCUUUCUGUACAUAGAUUCUUAACCUUCUCUAACUACAGAGAAAAAACAAAGGGAAGUUUAUCCAAAUACAAUUUUAACUUCCAAAACUGACUUCCCACAUUACAGGGGCAAAUUUUGGCACAACUGUCCCUUUUCGCUAGCCAUACCUAGCUUUCAUUUGUAAAUGUUGUCAAAUCUUUUCAUAAUAUUUGGAUCCACAUUAACUCUCCGUCA